GCCUAACCCAUCAAGAUAAGCAUUACUUACGUAACACCCGGUAUCCAGAAAUGAAAAAUCUUCUAAAAAUUCCUUGAUCCCUUUCAUUAAUGUUGUAAAUACUAUUCGUGUUAUCUCUAUAUUAUUUUACUAAUUUAAGUCAUUAUUUAAGUAAAUUUCACUCAACCCAUUUUCAUUUUUAUACCAUUUUUUCAAGUUCCUUUCUUCACCUAACCUUUUUCACUGUCUUUAAGCCUAUAUAGAUUCUCACAAUUUAUUUGUAUUUUAAUGGAGAAAGUGCCUGGUUCUGUUAAGCCGAAUAAAUCCCAUUUUGGCUAAGGUCUUUCUCUUUUAGUAUUUCUUCGGUUUUCUCAUAUGAGAGUAAACAUUUUUUCUUUGACAAAGUUUUGUUUUGUUUUUAUUUUGCUUGAAGUUGAAGUGAUCAAAUGGACUUAGGCAAGGAUCUGAUUCUGGGUUGUUUUGGAAGUUAUCAAAGGAUUUGGGUUGAUCACAUUGUCUAUGGUCUCCGAGUUUGGUUUUAAGAUGGAGAAAAUAUUAGGUCUUCUCCAUUAUAUGAUUGCUCACAUGUGUGCUUAUUGCUGUGGCUUUUGAUAAUUUUGGAGGAGGGGUUUGUUUUCUUUUUUUUGCCUGAGUUAGCUGAGAUUAAUGGAUCAAGAGGAAAGGGGUGAUAGGGUGGAAACUAGUGAGAAUUUGAGUCAAGUUGAGGAAGGAGUCAGUGGAGAUUCCAAGAAUCCCGUUAAUGGAGUUGUGUCUGAGACUGUUAUUGUGAUAAAUGCUGAAGAAAAUGUGUGUUUUAGUCGAGAAAACGCAGAUGUGAGAUUGCAAAAUGAUGGCUUUGGAUCGUUGAAGGAUCAGGAGGUGGAUUAUGGGAGAGGAAUUGGUCCGCCAUUGAUUCAGAAUGAUCUGGGAAGUGGUGGGCAUUCAAGUAGUUUUGCUGAUAGAAAUGUGCUUGAGAAUGAGGAAAGGGAUUUAGGAGACAAAAACAAUGGAGUGGUGUCAACUGAGGUGUUGGGGGAAGCAGGGGGGGAAAUGUUUGAUCAGGAGACAAACCAGAUGGGAGGAGUUGGUGAAACAACGGGUCAAGUUGAUCAAGGAAGUAGCAGAAGUUUGAAUAAUUCAGUUGACAGAUUUGUGGUUGAGACCAUUAUCGUGGUUAACACCCAAGAGGCAACAUGUGUGGAUGGAAGUAAUAGGUUAGAAGUGAAAGACAAUGGAUUGGGUUCAAGUAAAGUAAUGACAGAAAGGCCAAAGACGAAGGUUGCUGAAGCAGAGGACUCAUGUGUGAUAGAUAUAAAGGGGAGUGAUGGUGGUGGAAGACAGUAUAAGGAGAGUUGGGAUGGCGAAAGGGUUUGUAGAAUUUGCCAUUUGACUACAGAGCAAUCACUUGAAUCUACGGAUAUUACGUUCAGUACUGCAGCUACUAUGGAUCUAAUUCAGCUUGGUUGCGGGUGCAAAGAUGAGCUAGGAAUUGCGCAUAGUCAUUGUGCAGAGGCAUGGUUUAAGCUGAAAGGAAACAGAAUGUGCGAAAUUUGUGGACAGACUGCAAAAAAUAUCACUGGUGUUAGAGAUAACAGAUUUAUUGAAGAUUGGCAUGACCAAGGAUCUACUAGUGGUGGUGGUAUCUCCUCAGAUCGGGGUGGUGGAUGUUGGCGUGGGCAACCAUUCUGUAACUUUCUGAUGGCAUGCCUGGUAAUAGCCUUUGUACUGCCAUGGUUCUUUCGUGUAAAUAUGUUUUAGCGGGGUGUGAACAAGACCUAAAGGUUCUUCCUUUGCAUCACUAUUUCUUGCCUGCUUGUCUAGCUGGUGCUCCUCCGGAAUUUGGGGUGGAUAUGAAAUAACUUGUCAGUGGAGCUAUUUUAGGGGUUGUUCUGGUUCUCAAUGCCCUAAUAGAAGUUCCUAGGCUUAAUGGCUUGAGGCUUCAACUUUUAGAAAGUUGUCAUCGUGAAAACAAAAUUCCAUGCCUCAAUUGUUUACUAUGCCACAGUAGCGUUUGCUCGCAUUGUGUUGUUUGGUAUUGGGCCUCUUGGCGUAAUGGUUUAAGCUUAGACAAGGAUUGCUUAGGCUGCAUUACUGGGGAAAAGUGUUUUUUUUUUUCUUUUAUUAUUAUCAUUUUCAUUGUUGUUUUGGUCCUGUUUUUACUAUUUCUUGAAUCUAAAUCUGGCAUGUGCCAAUUUCAUCUUGGGAAUUCCCAUUGUACACACAUAUGUAAUCGCAAAUUUGGUCAACACAUUUGAUCUUAUAAUGGAAACUUAGUUUGCAAUCACA